AUGCCAGCAGAAAUGACGAUGUUGGCCGACCACCCAGCCAGACAGCUGCUGGACUUCAGCCAGAAACUGGACAUCAACCUGUUGGACAAUGUCGUCAACUCCAUGUACCACGACAUCGGAUCCCAGCAACGAGUGGCCCAGGAAGUCCUCACCAACCUGAAGGACCACCCGGACGCCUGGACGAGGGUCGACACCAUCCUGGAGUUCUCUCAGAACAUGAAAACCAAAUAUUAUGCGCUGCAGAUCCUGGAGACGGUCAUCAAAACGCGCUGGAAGAUUCUGCCCAGAAAUCAGUGUGAAGGCAUCAAGAAGUACGUCGUUGGGUUGAUCAUCAAGACUUCCUCUGACCCUGCCAACAUGGAGAAAGAGGGGGUGUACAUUUCAAAGCUCAACAUGAUCCUCGUACAGAUCCUGAAGCAGGAGUGGCCCAAACACUGGCCCACCUUCAUCAGCGACAUCGUGGGCGCCAGCCGCACCAGCGAGAGCCUCUGUCAGAACAACAUGAUCAUCCUCAAGCUGCUCAGCGAGGAGGUGUUUGACUUCUCCAGUGGCCAGAUGACGCAGGUGAAGGCCAAGCACCUCAAGGACAGCAUGUGCAACGAGUUCUCCCAAAUAUUCCAGCUGUGCCAGUUUGUGAUGGAGAACUCCCAGAAUGCACCUCUGGUCCAGGCCACACUGGAGACUCUCCUGCGCUUCUUGAAUUGGAUUCCUUUAGGUUACAUCUUUGAGACUAAGCUCAUCAGCACGUUGGUCUACAAGUUCCUGAACGUUCCCAUGUUUCGCAACGUGACGCUGAAAUGUUUGACGGAGAUCGCCGGAGUGAGCGUCAUGCAGUACGAGGAGCAGUUUGUCAACCUGUUCACACUCACCAUGUGCCAGCUCAAACAGAUGCUGCCUUUGAACACCAACAUCCGCCUGGCGUACUCCAACGGGAAAGACGACGAGCAGAACUUCAUCCAGAACCUCAGCCUGUUCCUCUGCACCUUCCUCAAAGAGCACGGACAGCUCAUCGAGAAGAGGCCCAACCUGCGCGAGACGCUCAUGGAGGCCCUGCACUUCAUGCUGCUGGUGUCGGAGGUGGAGGAGACGGAGAUCUUUAAGAUCUGUCUGGAGUACUGGAACCACCUGGCGGCGGAGCUCUACAGGGAGAGUCCUUUCUCCACCUCCAGCACGCCGCUGCUGUCCGACGUCCCGCCGCGGCGACACCUCUACCUGCCCGUGCUGUCCCAGGUGCGCCUGCUGAUGGUGAGCCGCAUGGCCAAACCGGAAGAGGUGCUGGUGGUGGAGAACGACCAGGGAGAGGUGGUCCGGGAGUUCAUGAAGGACACGGACGCCAUCAACCUCUACAAGAACAUGAGGGAGACUCUGGUUUAUCUCACCCAUCUGGACUACGCCGACACGGAGCGCAUCAUGACGGAGAAGCUCCACAACCAGGUGAACGGCACCGAGUGGUCGUGGAGGAACCUGAACAUGCUCUGCUGGGCCAUCGGCUCCAUCAGCGGGGCGAUGCACGAGGAGGACGAGAAGAGGUUCCUGGUGACCGUCAUCAAGGACCUGCUGGGCUUGUGUGAGCAGAAGAGAGGGAAGGACAACAAAGCCAUCAUAGCGUCCAACAUCAUGUACAUCGUGGGCCAGUACCCUCGCUUCCUCCGAGCUCACUGGAAGUUCCUCAAGACCGUCGUCAACAAGCUGUUUGAGUUCAUGCACGAGACCCACGACGGGGUGCAGGACAUGGCGUGUGACACCUUCAUCAAGAUCUCCCAGAAGUGCCGGCGUCACUUUGUCCAGGUUCAGGUGGGCGAGGUGAUGCCCUUCAUCGACGAGAUCCUCAACAACAUCAACACCAUCAUCUGCGACCUGCAGCCGCAGCAGGUGCACACCUUCUACGAGGCCGUCGGCUACAUGAUCGGAGCCCAGACGGACCAGGCCGUCCACGAGCGCCUGAUAGAGAAGUACAUGCUGCUCCCCAACCAGGUGUGGGACAGCAUCAUCCAGCAGGCCACCAAGAACGUGGACAUCCUGAAGGACGCGGAGACGGUGCGACAGCUGGGCAGCAUCCUGAAGACCAACGUCCGAGCCUGCAAAGCCGUGGGGCAUCCCUUCGUGGUGCAGCUGGGGCGCAUCUACCUGGACAUGCUCAACGUCUACAAGUGCCUGAGCGAGAACAUUUCCUCCGCGGUGCAGACCAACGGUGAGAUGGUGACCAAGCAGCCUCUGAUCAGGAGCAUGAGGACGGUGAAGAGAGAGACGCUGAAGCUGAUCUCCGGCUGGGUCAGCCGCUCCAACGACCCUCAGAUGGUGGGGGAGAACUUUGUGCCCCCCCUGCUGGAGGCGGUGCUCAUCGACUACCAGAGGAACGUUCCGGCGGCGCGGGAGCCCGAGGUCCUCAGCACCAUGGCAACCAUCGUCAACAAGCUGGGCGUGCACAUCACGGGAGAGAUCCCCAAGAUCUUCGACGCCGUCUUUGAGUGCACUCUGAACAUGAUCAACAAGGACUUUGAAGAAUUCCCAGAACACAGAACCCACUUCUUCUACCUCCUGCAAGCCGCCACCUCGCAGUGCUUCCCGGCCUUCCUGUCCAUCGCCCCGGCUCAGUUCAAGCUCAUCCUGGACUCCAUCAUCUGGGCCUUCAAGCACACCAUGAGGAACGUGGCCGACACAGGUCUCCAGAUCCUCUACACGCUGCUGCAGAACGUGUCUGCGGAGGACGCGGCGGCGCAGAGCUUCUACCAGACGUACUUCUGCGACGUGCUGCAGCACAUCUUCUCCGUGGUCACGGACACCUCUCACACUGCAGGGCUGACCAUGCACGCCACCAUCUUGGCCUACAUGUUCAACCUGGUGGAGGAGGGGAAGGUCAGCGUCGCGCUGAGCGCCGCCAGUCCGGCCAACAACCAGGCGCACGUCCAGGAGUACAUCGCCAACCUGCUGAAGACUGCCUUCCCCCACCUGCAAGAUGCCCAGGUGAAGGUGUUCGUCACGGGGCUCUUCAGCCUGAAUCAGGACAUCCCCGCCUUCAAGGAGCACCUGAGGGACUUCCUCGUGCAGAUCAAGGAGUUUGCCGGCGAGGACACGACGGACCUGUUCCUGGAGGAGAGGGAGACGUCUCUGCGUCAGGCCCAGGAGGAGAAGCACAAGCUGCAGAUGUCGGUGCCCGGCAUCCUCAACCCCCACGAGCUGCCGGAGGAGAUGUGCGACUGAAGCGGCGGCGAGCGGCGUGUACAGGACGGCUCUGAAGGGGGCGGGAAUAGUUUUCUUUUCGAGUGUGUGUGCGUGUGAGUGAGCGUGUGUUUGAGAAGAGAAUGAGGGGCCGUGGGGACCCCAGCACUCGGUUGUACGUCGACCAAAUAAAUGUCAAUAUGUAAAUGCGCCCCCACCCCCCCUCCGACCCGCCAACCCUGGUGCGGAUUCUUCUUUCCUUUUUUUUUUUCUCUCAACAAACUUAUUUUAUACCAGUGUUUUUCUGUGAGUGUAAUAUGCCAUGUUUUGUUAAUUCUGUUGCUGAUUAAAGCUUUGUGUUUGGCCAUACGGUUACUUUACACCUGCAUGAAGUCAUAAGAAUUUAAGGUUAUUUUUUAAUCCCUUUACCUCUAUUUGUUAAUAUGUAAUAUAUAAUGUCUAAAGCGUUGACGGCCUGCUCUGGUUUCUGAAGUGCGCUGAGGGGGUCGACGUGUACUUCCUCGCUUUGCCUGGUUUCGGUUGGUCAGUGUGUUUCUCUGCCUCUCGGGCGGCGUCAGUUGGACCGCUCUGCGUUGGGGAUGAGGAGGAAGGCCGUGUGCAUUUCAUCCUGUUUGUAAAGCUGUCUUAGUACUCUGGAGAAUAUAAAGUUGGCUAUUUUUACAAAAAAAAAAAAAAAAACAAUCAAUCCAAACCGUGUGAGUCUGCGUCUUUUGGCCCUGAAGGUGACGGGAAACGAGUGAAGGAGGAACGCUGCAGCGCCGCGUCCAGGAAAUUGGGAUUUGUUUAAAUGACGUUUGUCUGUUGACUAAUUUCAAACAGUUUAAAGUUCAGACAGUUCACUAAGAAAGGGAACGAUCAGAAGCCUGUAGGAAGGUUCAUAGCAGGUUGCUUCUGGUGAACAUAGUCUAUAUUUUAGCCUCACAACAUACACACGAUAGUUUUAACAUGAGUCUGAUUUAGGGAUCCAACAGUUGUGUAAAUGUUGCACUGAUUACGUCAGGAAUUCUUGUACUUUUCCUUCCAUUACCUCAGAGCUCAAAGGUUUUUUACAAUAAAUGGAUUCCAGUGCUGGAAUGUAACCAGAAAGUACUGUUUUCGGGCUACUUCAUUUGAUUUCUAUCACGCUAGAUUGUUUUUAUGUUAAUAUUGCACUUUUUACUCCACAAAUUCGGUUGAUAAUUUAAGAGGCUUUAUAGAUUGAUGGAAAAUAUAAUACAACUUCUUAUCAAUAUAAUGCCAGUUAGAAUAGAACGCUAUUCUGAUGUGUAGAACCAACGAGGACAAACGUCUUCUAAUUGUCUGGUAACAGUCUGGACGUGUGAUUGAAGCUCAUCAUUGCACAUGUUCACUGCACGCUACGACAAAACGAGCUCACAAUGACGGAUGUUAAUAGAAGAGCAGUGACGGGAAAAUGUUGGUCAAUACUUAAUAAAUUCUGUGUAUGAGUGACCAUAAAAUCCUUCUGUGUUUCUGGCUUGUUUUGUCAUGUUUGAACCCUGAGUCUGAAAUAAAUGUUUGAUUGAUAAAGAUUGAA